CCCCUCCCCCCUCCCCCAACUCCUCGCUCCCCCCUUCUUGUCCGUUACUUACCUCACUCUUUCGAGUUUAGAAAAAGGCGGGAAUCGGGAAGCCUUCCCGCUCAUUUAGUCUUCCAAGGUCCAAAGAAGUCUGAACAACGUAGAGGGCUAUCAUUUUCAUCUUCAUCCACGUAAAGCCUUGGUGGUUUUGAUUUCUCUUCUCCGCCUUUCUUCUUUAAGCGGCGGUGAAGGUGAUCGAGCAUAAUAUUGUGUUCUGGAUCUCUGGUUUUCUCUCCUUAAAGCAGCAGCUCUUUUACUAAUUCUGGGUUAAACAAUGAGUCGUUCUCGCUGGCGUAAGUGUCAUAGAAGGAAUCGGGUUUCCAGCGACUCCUUUACCUUGGGUGGCUUUCAUCUUUCUAAUGAUGUGUGUACUUUCCCCCCCAUUGGGUCAUCAUCACCUUCUUCAACCGUAGUACCCUCUGCUUCUGAAAACCCUAGAUCAGGAAGCUUUGCUUUCGGAUCUCAUUGUCAAUUGUUCUCUAGUUCUCUACAAUUUGGGUCAAUUCCUGCUUCCCCGUCUACUGGUUCAACGUUUUCUAUUGCCAAACCCACCGUUAAUGCUUCUACAUCUUGCCUCUCUCAAAAUCCGCCAUCAUUUUUCUCAUCAACUUUCUCACCAUCUACUGUUACAGUAACUACAGUACCUAGUUUCUCCUUUGGUUCAAAGUUUCCUAGCUCAACAACAAGUCCGAUUCCUAGUGCCUCUUCAUCAGCAGAAACGAAUGCAAAUGGCUCCUCACAAUCUCUGGGUUCAUGCGCGAGUGAUGUCCUAGCUGCUGCACCGAUCUUUACUGCAUCAGCGGCUUCAGACUUUCAACCAACAUUAAUGCCGGAAGAGAAACUAAAGCAAAACGUUGAAGAAGAAGGAAAAAGAGGAACAGAACCUGGUCCUGUAUCAUGCCAGACUGCAAUUCCAAUCAAUGGGUCAGCAGUCCCACAUUUUGAUAGUCCAAUUCCAGUUGAAACCUUGGGAGAAGAAGUUAAAGAAAUGCAAAAUUCUGCUGCAGAAGACAGUUGUGUGUCAGAGUUGUCUACGGAAUUUAAUUUGUUAACUAAUGGUUCAAGAAUUCUGAGGAACAUACCGCAGAGUCCGCACUUCAGCUCACUUCAGGCCUACUCAGACAGGGUCCGAAAGAAUUUGAUUUCUGGAUGGGAUCAAACAUUUGAAGAGACCUAUGACCAAAUCCAGAGCUUAAAAGCCACCGAUUUCUGGGAUAGCAAGGAUGAACAACAGUUGACACUGGACGAGUUGCAGAGUAUGGGUUACAAUGUCAGUCUCUUGAGAAAGCGGUUGGAUGAACUUACAAAUGUAAUGGAGAAGCGUGAGUCUGCUUUAUUUGCAAUGUGGAGCUUAAGGACCAAAAUGGAAAGUCACAAGAGGGAGAAGCAGAAGCUGGAGAGCAAGAUUUAUAAAUUGCAGAUGCAGGCAGAGAAAGAACAGGCCAGUAUCAAUGGUCUGAUGGAUGAAGAGGCGAAGCUAGAAGAAAGCCUGCCUGUAGUUGAUUCCCUCUUUGCAAGCCUAGCUGAAUUGCCAUUGUAGCUAUAGAACUUUAUUAUGGUGACACUGUUAUAUUUUGUGCUCUGACAGUUGCAGAACUGUAGUUACCCUCUUUGCAAGCCUGGCUGAAUUGCCAUUGUAGCUAUGGAACUUUGUUAUGGUGACACUUUUACAUUUUUUGCUCUGACAAUUGCAGAACUGUAGUUAAUUCCCUCUUUGUGCCUCUUCCUCA